GCGCCAAUAAAACCACCAAAAGCUUUUGUGGCACUAGUGUGACACAAAAGUCAUAGGUGAUCAUUGGUCCGAUGCUUCGGACGAAAUGUCCCAUAACACAUGGUCUUAGGGUAUACUAAUUAAAAAAAAUACUCCGUAAUUAAAUAAAACAAUGAAAUCCAACAAAAUUAAAUAAGGCAUCACGGCAGGGGAGGACGAUGAUGCCGGAGAUCGAACACGUUCGCGGCGGCUGGCAGCCGUCGGACGACAAUGCCCUGUUCGACAAGUACGAGGUCGGCAAGCUCCUGGGCUGCGGCGCCUUCGCGAAAGUUUAUCACGCGAGGGACAUCAGGAGCGGGCAGAGCGUCGCGAUCAAGGUGAUCAACAAGAAGAAGAUCUCCGGCGCCACCAUGAUCGGAAACAUCAAGCGCGAGAUCUCCGUCAUGCGCCGCCUCCACAACCCCCACAUCGUCAAACUCUUCGAGGUCCUCGCCACCAAGACCAAGAUCUAUUUCGUCAUGGAGUUCGUCAAAGGCGGCGAGCUCUUCGCCAAGGUCGCGAAAGGCCGGUUCAGCGAGGAUCUCGGCAGGAAGUAUUUCCGCCAGCUCAUCUCCGCCUUGGGGUACUGCCAUUCUCGCGGAAUUUUCCACCGCGAUCUGAAGCCGGAGAAUCUCCUCCUCAACGAGAACGGCGAUCUGAAGAUCUCCGACUUCGGCCUCAGCGCCGUCUCCGAUCAGGUCCGUCAGGACGGGAUGUUGCACACGCUCUGCGGAACGCCGGCGUACGUGGCGCCGGAGAUUCUGACGAAAAAAGGGUACGACGGAGCCAAGGCGGACGUGUGGUCCUGUGGGGUCGUUCUCUACGUCCUCACCGCCGGCUAUUUGCCGUUCAACGACCCGAAUCUCAUGGUGAUGUACAAGAAAAUCUACAAGGGCGAAUUCCGAUGUCCUAGGUGGAUGUCGCCGGAUCUGAAACGGCUGUUGUCUCGCCUCCUCGACACAAAUCCGGCGACGAGGAUCACCAUCGACGAGAUCACCGAGGAUCCCUGGUUCCGGAAAGGAUCCAAAGGGAAAAUGAAAUUCUACGACGAAUUCCUGGAAGUCAACAAGGAGGAAGACCAGAUUCUCCCAGACUCCUCCUCGUGUUUAAACGCGUUCGAUAUCAUCUCCUUCUCAUCCGGGCUGAACCUAUCCGGCUUAUUCCACGGCGGCGCGUCAACCUCGGCCGCAGAGUCAGAGAGGCUGGUGGUGGAGUCGCCGCCGGAGGCCGUGCUGGAGCGGAUUGAUGGAUUCGCUGCGGCGGAGAAGAUUCGAUUGAAGAAAAGACGGGAAUGGGGUGUAGAUAUGGAAGGGCAAAACGGGAAAUUCACCGCUUCGAUCGUAAUUCACCGGUUGACGGAAAGUUUGGUCGUCGUUGAAGGUAGAACGAUGGCCGGUGACGCCGAAAUGUUUAGGGAGGCGUGGAGGGAAAAGAUUGGGCCCGCAAUCGCUGGCCCAACUGAAAAUGAGGUUUCGGAUUCCUCUUAGGUUUCAAUGUUGAAAAUUGAUAGUUUCUAUCGUCUUAUUGACUAAAACUAAACGGUCACAAUAUUAUUUCCGACCAUAGGUUGAAAUCGACGAAAUUGUCGACCAUAGGCACAGAGGAAAACGUAUAAUAAAAAUACACAAAGAUAGCUAACCACUUAUGUAUAGUCAAAUGUAAUUUUCUUCUUAGGAUCAUGUUAGGGGUUCCAAGUGUAAUUCCAACUUUUGAUUCGCAUUCAUUAGAGGUCGAAGUCACACUUAAGAGAUCCCUAAGCUUAAUUAUUCACCAUUUUUAAUUUGUGUUACAUAGUGGGGAGAAGCUAUCAUUAGAGGUUGGUUGGUCUUUGUUUUCUACUUUAGCUUUUCUUGUGUUUGUGUGAAUGUGAGGACAUUCAAAUGGUGUGGCAGAAAGAUAAAUAAGAGUUUGGUUGUUUG